AUGGUGGAUGCAGCAUCUAGAGGAGCAUUGCAAAACAAGACACCGAAAGCAACCUAUGAGUUACUUGAAGUCCUGACAAGUAACAACUAUCAGAGAUCCAAUGAGAGAAUACAUUUGAAGAAGUCUAUAGGUAUUCAUGAAGUUGACGCUUACACGGCCAUUUCAGCCCAACUAGUAGCACUUCAUAAACAAUUAGGAGAAAAGUUGAAUGAGAGAGUUCAAGGUUCUUUGCCAAGCAAUAUGGUGACUAACCCAUGUGAACAAGCAAAUGCCAUCACCUUACGAAGUGGGAAAGUCAUAGAAGAAGUUGAAUCAAGGAAGAAGGAUAAGAACCCUUCAAAGAAGAAGGGAAAAUCUGAGGAAAAAGUUGAUGAAGAAAUCAUUGUGAAAGAGAAAAUUAAUGUACCUUUUGUAGAUGCCUUGCAGCAAAUGCCGAGUUAUGCUAAAUUCCUGAAAGAGAUCCUUUCAAACAAAAGGAAGCUAGAAGAGGAUGAAACAAUGAUGCUUAAAAAAGAGUGCAGUGCCAUUUUGCAAAAGAAGUUACCACCAAAACUCAAGGAUCUAGGGGGUUUCACUAUCCCUUGUAAACUAGGGAUUGGUGAGGUGAAGCCCACAAUCGUAUCCUUGCAGCUAGCAGAUCGAUCCAUCAAGCAUCCACGGGGCAUUAUUGAAGAUGUGCUAGUUAAAGUGGAUAAGUUUAUCUUCCCUGUGGACUUUGUUGUGUUGGAUAUGGAAAUACCACUCAUUCUGGGAAGACCAUUCCUUGCUACAGGGAGGAUUUUGAUUAAUGUUCAACAAGGAAAGUUGAUCCUAAGGGUCCAAGAUGAAACGGUGACUUUUAAUGUCUUCGAGGCUAUGAAAUUUCCAUCAGAGUUAGAUUCAUGUUUUAGUGUGGAUUUGGUGGAUAAACUUGUAACGGAUACCAUCGAAGAGAUCACCCUCAAUUACCUCUAG